GGCGGCACCCGGCUCCGCCUCCCAACGCGGAAGCGAGGCGGUUUGAAGCGUUGAGGGGCUGGGGCGCGCGCUCGGGGCUAUGGCGGAGCUGAGCGCGUUCCGGUGCAUUGAGUGCAACAGGGAGGCCGCGGAGCUGUACAGAGACUAUCAGCGCGGCGUGCUGCGCAUCUCCAUCUGCAAAUCCUGCCAGAAACCUGUGGACAAAUACAUAGAGUAUGAUCCUGUUAUCAUCUUGAUUAAUGCUAUUUUAUGUAAAGCGCAAGCAUACAGACACAUUCUUUUCAAUACAAAGAUAAAUAUUCACGGAAAGCUCUGCAUAUUUUGUUUGCUAUGUGAAGCUUAUCUCAGGUGGCUGCAACUGCAGGAUUCAAGCCAAAAUAUAGAUCCUGAUGACUUAAUCAGAUAUGCCAAGGAAUGGGAUUUUUAUAGAAUGUUUGGCAUAGCUUCUUUAGAGCAAACUUCAUUUUUAGUUGGCAUUUUUAUUGCCUUAUGGCAGAUGAGACCUGAGAUGCUGAAAACGAAGUCUGACUUCAUUUUACUUCUCAAAGCACUGCUGUUGUCUAGCUAUGGAAAGCUUUUGCUAAUUCCAGCUGUUAUUUGGGAACAUGACUACACACCUUUGUGCCUCAUGCUUAUAAAAGUAUUUGUCUUGACAUCAAACUCUCAGGCAAUUAGAGUUACAUUAAACUUAAACCGAAUGCUCCCUUGGUUGGCCAUCUUCAUUGGAUUAGUUUUGGAAAAUGGUGCAGUCUGCUUGUUCCAGAAAAUGGGAUGGAAUGUUUGAAACGUCAGUCCAGAUCUAAAGAACAACCAACAACAUGCUGAUCAUUUUCUAAGGAUGAUCUCUGCCAGUGGUCCCAAAAUCACUAUUUUCAUAGUGAUAAAGAAAAUGAUAGGUAACAAAUUUUCAUUAGUGGUUUGCUGGAGACAGUUUUAGGAUAAGUUAAAAUGAAAAACUUCAGAACUUCAGCUAUUUAAUGUGAUGAGACAUAAAACUGCAGCCUUAGCUUGUUUAUUUUCCCAUCAAAAAUAUGAAUGUGUCACUAUCCUAAGAGCUUUAUAAAUCUGGCUGUAUAGCUGGGGCUGUAACAAGAAAGGUACACUAAAAAAUUUCAGCACUGCUACCAGUCAUACAUUUUGGCAGAAGGAGAGUGACGAAUUGUUCCCUUAAGAGAAAGGAAAGCAGUCAGUGGAAAAAGUGUAGAAAACAAAACUGUUAUUUCUGCAAAAGUUAAUUUUCAGAGAGAGAAACAAACAUGUACAAACAGAUUAUUAGAGAAAAGGCAAGUAUUACAGAGUAAAACUACAGUGGAAAAACUAGGUUGUAUUCUCUGGAAUGUUUUUAGAACAAUCCAAAAUAACAAAAUACCUAGUUCUAGAGUAAUCUCUAGGAGUUAUGGUUUUAAUCGGCUUCAUUUCAAAUUUUUGUAUGACCUUAUAAAUCCUGCUGCACUCUUCUGAAAGAUGAAAAGAGAGGAAAGGACUCCAACCCCCAACAUACAAGGUUGUUUGAGAUACUGCUCCUGCUGUAGUUAAUAUUAAGCCAUCUCCCCCCACACCAGCCCUCACCCGACAGCUGGUUUAGUGGAAAAACAAAGUGAAGUAUGAGGCUACCUAGCAGUGUUCUUUGAUGGAGGAGUACAUAUUGAAAAAGAAACAAGGUUUGGACUAAAUUAAUGAAGAAACAUUUAUGGAAGUUCUAAACCUUGUACCCCAGCAGGCAAAGAGAGAGGGCUAGAUGGUCUACAAAGGAACUAGCAGAAGGAAUUGGCAGAAUCAUUUGCCUAUGACAGGCAGAGGUUAGCACACAGACCUACUCUUUUUCUGCAGACCAGUUUCCAUCAUAUUCCAUCCAAAGUUUAAUUCUCCUGUUUCAUUCUGGAAGGCAGUGGUUCUGUCAAUACACACCACAGGUAAGACUUCCCUUCUUUGUUUCUCUCAGCUGCAGUUUCCUGUCCAUCUUUUGCAAAAUGCACUAAAUAACAUUUUGCAGUCUUUUCAGAUUAAUUCUGGGUAGAUGCAGAGUAAGUCUAGAUUAUGAGUCCAAAAGACAGAGGACAUCAGACAUGUUAAAAUCCUUGCAACUGCAAUGCCAUAGUAAACUAUUUCGAGAGAAAAGCAAAUGGUUGCCUAUUCUGUUAUAACAGGGCAGAGGCUGACCAUGCUAGUGUGCCAUUUGCUGAAUUUGGUAUCUUUCUGAGCAUGUGAUGGUGUGGCCAGGGCAGGAAAAAAAAAGGGCAAAAAAAGCAAUUGCAACGCCUCUUAAGUCUUUGAGACAGCUUAACAAUGCAGCUGCCCCUAACAAGCACGUAGUUGUGAAGGUAUAUAAGGAAUCCAGCUUGCUAUUCGUGUGAAUCAGUGACCAGAUAACUGGCUGUAGGCCUGCAGUUGUCCACUUUUGGCUGAGCAGUAGCUUUGGCAACACAGCACCUAGAACAUGCUUUGAUACACAUGCUUAGGUUUGGGGAGAAACUCCUCUCCCUAAAACUUUGUAAAAACACUACAUUGCCAGAGAUGCUUUUAGAAGUGCUUCCUCCUUCUGCACAAGCACACAGCAGCACAACAGAUGCUGCAGGUUGAGAAGGAGCAAAGGGAAAGAGCAGUAGAUCUUUUAGAAAAGUUUCAUGAAUGCUGGUCUGGCCUGCUUCUUUCCUUUACCUCCUUUGCCUUCUCCCCUUAGUUUAAGAAGAAGUGCAGUUCUGCUGCAGCAGAGAGAAUGACAGAAGGAUAUGUACUAGGAAGGUGCUGGUGCCUGCUGAGCCAAACUCUCUUUGUUAUUGCAGCAGUCAUCUGGCUUUUACCAGAUCCUUGUUCAUCGUACUGCUUCCUUAGCAUUGCAGCUGGUAUGAUUUCCAACCAUUACAUACGUCUCUCUGCAGGGAAUGUACAAACUUGCUUGCUCCCUGCCACAGUUUUGUUUCUCUAAUGACCUAAGAGCAGUAUUUGUUUGCACUCCUGUUAGGUUAGAGUUCCUUAUUAGUCUUGUAUGUGUCAUAGUUAUACACAGAUUUUUUUUUUUUUAAUCAGAAUUUCUCCUUUGUCUGUUCUGGCACUGGUUGCAGUAUAAAGGCUAGAAUAUAGCUGAGUUGAACACAUUUAAGUGCAACUUAUGCAAGGGGAAGAUCUUGCAUCAUCUGUAAUGUAAACAUGACCUAGUCAGUAGGAAAGUUGUAAAUAAAAUGUAUAGAAAUUUUGUUUGGGAACAAUUUUCUUACAUAAAGUUUAUUUUGAAUAAAAAGUUGAUCUCAGGGCGCUUUCCCUGAGUUUCACCUAAAAGAGGAAAACAGACAUGAACACGUUCCAAAGGAAGAAAUGCUUAUAUAUUGUCAUAGGUGCCAAUAACAUAACAGUUGUGCACUCUGUAAUGCUACCAGGAGACACCACCAUUCUUGUGCAACUUUAUGGAGGAGAGAGAAGAAAGCUAGCAGAGCUGCACAGCUGUGGAACAAGAGCAGGUGCUGUACAGGUGUUCAGAGUCUAGUAACUUAGGACAUUGUGCCUUGUGUGGUUUUAUGCUACUAAUUAACCAGAACUGACAUGACAAAUACACUAAUAUUCUGUAAAUCGAGGAGGAGCUUGAGGAUUCCGGGGCAGGGAGGGUAAUGUGUGUGUUUCUUGAUGCCUUUGGGAAAGUAUUCCUUAUGGUGCUUCAGACUGCUAUAAUUUUGAGAGCCUUCCUGUUUUAAAUAGCCGUCUCCUUCAUGUUUGUUCCUUUUUUCCUUUGAUCUCCUCAUCUUUCAUAAACUCUUUGUAAUGAAAUAGUCUAACAAUAUAACUCUUUCCUUCCCUGUGCUGGAAGAUAUGUUACAAAUGGCUUGCCCUUUCUAUAUGUAUUCAGUUGCUUUAUUAAUUUAUUGUCAAGGUCUUGGGUUAAGAAGAAUAAAAGCCUGCAAAUGAA